UUUUUAUCGUCUUCUCCUUCCCCCUUUUCCCCUUGGAGUUUUUCUCAAACUUCACAAAACUCCUAUACUUCUCUUUUCUGUCCAUGUAAGAUUUCAUUGGUUUCCCCUCAUUUUACCCAUAGAUUUUCAAACCAGAAUCUUUUCUGUUGCUCCUGCAAAACCCACAAAAUCUAUCUAUCGAUCCUCUUGCAUACUCAACUUGGCCAAUAAUUUCUUCAAAAAUAAACACAAUCUUUGUUAAUUUGAGCAAAAAUGUCUGAAAGUCCAGCAAAAGUCCGGUUAGUUCGCUGCCCCAAAUGUGAAAAUCUCCUCCCUGAGGUCACCGAAUAUGCAGUUUAUCAGUGUGGUGGUUGUGGUGCUGUUCUUCGAGCAAACAAUAAGCAUAUUGAAUCCAGUGUAUCUUCGGAGAAGUCUGGUGAUGAAAGUGACGGAGUUCCAAACAAAAUCUCCAAAGAAUCACCUGUGAAUCUUGAUUUCUCAAAAAGAAGUGUUAAGAGCAUGAGUUUAGCUUCAGAAAGUGGACUCAAAUCUAAUGGAAGUUCUGGUAGGAGACACGAAAGAGACGAUGAUAACAACAUAAACUUCGAAGAACCAAAACCCACAACAGCAGGUAACAGAAGUGGGUCACGAAGAUCAGUUCGUAGUUCAAAUUGGAGAUAUCGAGACUCAAAUCUUCAAGAAGCUUCAUCAAGUUACAAUUAUACCCCUCGCCAUGAAUAUGCUGAACUAGUUCAUAACACAAACAAUCUAGAGGUUGAAGACGAUCGCGAUGAGCUUUUAAGGAAAUUAGACGAACUCAAGGAUCAAAUCGUUCGAUCUCGUGAUAAACCUAAAGAAAAGUUCCCGAUUAAUCAUCAUAUCCCAUCUUAUAUUGACCCCCCUCCUUAUAUUCAUCAUAAUAAUCAUUCUUUAUUACCUUCUUCGAAUCAAGUUCAAUCGUUUAAUGAUCCUUUUAGGUCGCAAAACCAUAGAAGAACACCGAUUAUGCCGUUUGAACAAAACCCAUAUAAUCAUCCCUAUUAUUCCGGCCAAUACGUUAGCAACGAAAUUACUGAUAAUCGAUUAUUCCACCAUCCGUCUUGUUCGUGUUUAGUCUGCUACAACAAACACCACCAAGCUCCGCCACCUCCUCCACCACAACCGCCGCCACACCCCAUCGCACCACCAGUUUUGCAAAACGAUACGGGUUUCUACCACCAUGAUUACAAUCGUUCUUUAAACUCUCGUAGCGGUGAAUCCCGAACACGAUGGUCUAACGAAAUCCGCCGCCCUCCAAGAGGAAUCUUAGCCACCGGAGUGAGGCGGUGCCGCCCCGUUUCCGGCGGUUCUCCGUUCGUGGCGUGUUGUAAAUGUAACGAAUUGCUUCAAGUACCCAAAAAGGAUACGAAAAAAAUGAGAUGCGCAUCGUGUUCUGAAGUCAUGUUACUUUCGAUUGUCAACAAGAAACUUCUUCUCUCGAUUUAUACUGUAACUCGUAUGGAUUCCCAAAAGCCAAAAGCUAAUCAUAUUCAUAAGACACGUGGCGACACAAAAUGGGGAGGCACCGAGUUUUCCUCUGAGGAUUACGAUAACUCGGUUUCUUACACAUCUGAAGAAGAUUUAAAAAAUGGAAUCAAAGAUGAAAACACAGUCGAUGUAACAGUGGAAGACGAUAAACCAUCUCCACCACCUUCUGGUUCACCUCUUCAAGAUCAUUUUGACUAUUCAACAAAAUACCAUCGAGCAGGAAAAGGGAACAUGAGCAAAAGGUCAAAUAUGGAAAUACCUACUAAUGUGGGGUCCAUGAACAUGAAAGAUGAUGAUGCAUUAGCAAGUGAGAUAGAGAUUUCAUCAAACGAAUAUGGAGUAAACACAGGCACUUCUCAAGAAUCUGGUGAUGCAAAUACGGAUCGAAAUGGAGGAAGUGGAUCUUUUUUUGCGAGUAUGAUUAAGAAAAGCUUUAGGGAUUUUUCAAAGUCUAGUCAACAUGAUGACAUGGGAAAAGUCAAUGUGGUGGUCAACGGGCAUCAUAUACCGGAUCGGUUGGUUAAGAAAGCUGAAAAGGUUGCUGGACCGAUUCAGCCUGGUGAAUACUGGUAUGAUUCGAGAGCUGGGUUUUGGGGUAUGAUGGGUGGUCCUUGUCGUGGAAUAAUUCCACCAUUUAUUGAAGAAUUUAAUUAUCCGAUGCCUGAAAAAUGUGCGGAUGGAAACACAAAUGUAUUUGUGAAUGGGAGAGAGCUUCAUGAAAGGGAUUUGGAUUUGCUUGCAAGUAGAGGCCUCUCAACAGAAACAGACAGAUCUUAUGUCAUUGAGAUAUCUGGGCGAGUGUUAGAUGCGGAUUCAGGUGAAGAGCUUGAAGGACUCGGUAAAUUAGCCCCAACAGUGGAACGCAAGAAACAUGGAUUCGGGAUGAAGCCUCCAAAAGCAACGGUUAUAUAAAGUUAUAAAUGCUCCAGUCAUUUGAUAUGAUAUCAGAUGACUGGAGCAUUCGGUUUAUGCUCCGGUGGGAGCAUAAACCGUAUUUAUGGAACCUACGUGUUUGUAGACACAAGGUAAAUUCUUUAUGACUGAAUGUCUCGAUAGUUUAGAGCUUCGUGUAUCGAUAUGUAUGUGAGAUAUGUGAGAUGCAAAUGAUGUGUUUAGGAAUUUAUUGGAGGAGUUGUCAUUUUUGGUUUCGAAUUUGUUGUUUUGUUGUGCAUUUGGUGACUGGUUUCAUGUAUUUUUGUUUGUGUAUAUAAAUUUAAGUUUAUUGAAUUGUCUCGUAUGCAUGUUUUAUCGAUGUUUGAACAGUAAUCAUGGGUGUAAUUGUGUAAAUUA